CAGCCAUUCACUUAGAUUUUUCGUUCGAGAGGCUAAGAAAGAAAGAGAUGGCUCCGUCGACAGUGGACUUGUUGAAGGACGAGCUCCCCGUGGUACAAGAAUCACUGGUUCUGUCUGGGGACGUCAAGACCGGUCUCGUCCUCGUCGACGUCGUUAAUGGCUUCUGCACCGUCGGCGCUGGCAAUCUGGCUCCAAGACAGCCCGACAAGCAAAUUUCUGGGAUGGUGGAUGAAUCGGUGAGACUUGCCAGAGAGUUCUGUGACAAGAAUUGGCCUGUUUUUGCUUUCCUUGACUCCCAUCACCCAGAUAUUCCUGAACCCCCAUAUCCUCCUCAUUGUAUAGCUGGAACAGAUGAGGCAAAACUGGUUCCUGCCCUGCAAUGGUUAGAGAAUGAAGCGUCUGCAACCCUUAGGUGCAAAGAUUGCAUUGACGGGUUUGUUGGCUCAAUUGAAAAAGAUGGGUCCAAUGUUUUUUUAGAUUGGGUGAAAAAUAAUCAGAUAAAAAAGAUUUUGGUGGUAGGGAUAUGCACAGAUAUAUGUGUGCUGGAUUUUGUGUGUUCAGCACUGUCUGCUAGAAAUCGUGGUUUCCUUGCACCUCUGGAGGAUGUGAUUGUCUAUUCCCAAGGAUGUGCUACCUUUGACCUGCCUAUUCAUAUUGCCAGAACUCUGAAAGAUGCUGUAGCUCAUCCACAGGAGGUGAUGCAUCACAUAGGCCUUUACAUUGCUAAGGGAAGGGGGGCCAAGGUAGUGUCAGAGGUAACAUUUGGUGCACUAAACGAGCCCUGAUCUUGGUGGUAUAAAAUUCAAGCUCUGUCAUAUAGUGAGGAAAGAAGUGUUAUGGAAAUGCAUUAUGUAUCUCUGUUAACUUGUAAUCAUGUGUUGGCAACCUGUGAUAUCAUCGCCGGAGAUGAACAAUUUACGUUUGUUAAAAUGUCAUUAUAGUGAUUAUUCUAGCUAA